AUGCCCAGAUCCGGCCUAAAAAGGGAAGAAGGAGAGCCUGAGGGCCAUGUUGGUCAGAGGCGUGCAAGAACAACGAGGUGCGAGGCAAGUCUCUCCUCCCUCCCACCGUUUUCGCCCGUUUUAGCCGUCUCGAUCCGCGGAACGAGCGCACCAGCCACGCCGGCCCCAAGCUGCCUCAAGCACACCGCAAAAGCCAUCUGUGGUCAGAAGAAAGAAGGGGAGACGGAACUCGUGCGUCCUUGCGGCCCAUGCCUCCUCCCAGCUUGUAGCCGCAUGCAAAGGCCAAGGUAAAUUGAGUCGCGGAACCAUCGACACAACCGCCACCAGACCGUGCUCUUUUCAUCCCGCAGGCAGGCCUUCGUAGAUUUCUGACUUUAAUGGAGGCCGUGCCGUCAUCAUGUGAGCACGCACAAGUCACCUGCCCGUCCGUAUUAAACUCAAAAAAGGAAUACGCCCAAAACCGCUGGCAAACCGUUUGCAAGACAAAGUAGUACCGUUUACAAUAGAUCGUGUAUGAUCAUUUUAAACUAGUAGUAUCACUAAAUGCGUUUCCGUUACCUCAGAAAAUGCAAUUUGCUAAACAAUUCCUUAAAAGUUUGGUGCAACAAAACGUAUGGUCUCCAAUAAUUUUAGAACAAUAGGAUUUCAAAAACUUUAAAGCAAAAUCCUCCUAAAUUUCGAAUCACAGCAGCAAAACUCCUCAAACGCCUUGUAGCAAACCCUCCACUACCUGCGGGGAUUAUAGUAAAAACAAAUCGCAUUAAAGUGACCCCGUUUUGUUUUUCCUUGAGGGUAACAGUGAUUCGGAUCGGAGUUGGGGAAGCAGAAGGUCAACGAGUAAAGGACCGGUUGGUGCUUACGAGAAAGGUACUGGAUCUGCUGUCCAGACUGCCAACAGGCGCCAUUUGAACGGCCCUCGAGGCCAGCACACCGCCAAAGGAAGGAGAGCCGGCGGCCAAGAAAUGAGGAAAUAG